UGAAGAGGAAGAGAGAAGCGAGAGCCUCUCUCUCCUAGGACUUUCUUUCUUCUUUUAUGUCGGAUGGUUGCUGGACGGAUUGAGUGCAAUAGGAUUCAUUGAUAAUCAAAGACGAUUGGUGAUCAACAGAAAAGUUAAUGUGACAGAAAUUCGAACCGCAUUAGAUCAGUAUGUUGACGACUUUGUCACAUGCCCUGAAUGUAGAGAUACAAACACAUAGCUUUGGGACGGGCGUAUCAUAUGCUUGCAUUGUCCGUGAUGAAGACCAAACAUUUAUGUAUGUCCAGAGACCGGAUGGUGCAUGAAGCUGCUACUGCAAAUGGAAGGUUUCGAGGUGCAGAAACCGUUGAAGAUACAAAGGAAGAAGAGCUAUUGAAAAUGAUUAUGUUUUCUGUAGGAUCUUCUGUUUCCACUAAUAUCUCCACACCGACAUCGGCUCUUGCAGACUAUCAAGAAGAAAAGAAAAGAAGAAGGAGGAGGAGGAAAAGAAGAAGAGGGAGACGGGAAGAAGUUGAUGCUCGAUUUGAACAGAAAUUGAGUAGACUGAUCAUCCCAGGGGUAUUGUUCGUACUCCAGUUUGGGGUUUGAUUGAUUGAUUGGAGGAGGUUGAAGGUGGGUUUUUGAUUUUGGGUAAAAUUUCAGAAUUGUGGUGGUUUUUAUAUUUUUUUUAUAUACCUGAAUGGCACAACAGUUUUGCUGCAGAGAUAGAGAGAGAUUGGUACAAAAUUUUCGCUUUAUUAGU